AUGUGUGGUAUCUUCGCCUGUCAUCGUCAUCCUGACGUGGAAAAGUUCAAGCCCACGGCCUUGAAGCUUGCAAAGCAAAUCCGUCACCGUGGCCCCGACUGGAUUCUCUGCCAUGAGCGUCUCAGCAUUGUCGGUGUUGAGUCUGGAGCCCAGCCCCUGACCAACGCGGACGACAGCAUCAUCCUUGCUGUCAACGGUGAGAUCUACAACCAUCGUCACAUUCGAAAGAACCUCAAGGAGCAAUACCACUUCAAGACCACAUCUGAUUGCGAAGUUAUCAUUCCCUUGUACACCGAGUUUGAUACCGAUUGCCCAAACCACCUCGAUGGCAUGUUCUCUUUUGUCCUCUACGACAAGAAGCAAGAUCGUACAAUUGCGGCCCGCGACCCUAUUGGUAUCACCACCUUCUACCAGGGCUGGUCCUCCAAGGAACCCGGAACUGUAUACUUCGCCUCCGAGCUUAAGUGCUUGCAUAGCGUUUGUGACAAGAUCGUUGCCUUCCCCCCCGGCCACGUUUACGACUCCAAGACUGGCGAGACGACUCGCUACUUUAACCCUUCUUGGUGGGACCCUAAGAAGGUUCCCAGCAACCCCGUCGAUUACAAGGUUCUCCGACAUGCUCUCGAGAAAGCUGUCCGAAAGCGACUGAUGGCUGAAGUCCCCUUCGGAGUUCUCCUUUCUGGUGGCCUUGACUCGAGUCUGACAGCAUCUAUCGCUCAGCGUGAGGUGACCAGACUUAGAAAACAGGCCCUGGAGGCUAACGGCAACGUUCUCCCUGUCGAAAACCCUGACACUGGUGAGGGCCUCGUUGGCGUUGACGAUGACGAUCACCUCGAUACUCUGACAUACCUCCCCCAGCUCAACUCCUUCUCCAUCGGAUUGCCUGGUUCUCCGGACAACAAGGCCGCACUUGAGGUCGCCAAGUUCCUUGGUACCAAGCAUCACGUCAUGACCUUCACCAUCGAGGAUGGCCUCAACGCUCUUUCAGAUGUUAUCUUUCACCUUGAGACCUACGAUGUCACUACCAUCCGAGCCUCCACCCCCAUGUAUCUCUUGUCACGAAAGAUCAAGGCUAUGGGUAUCAAGAUGGUUCUGAGUGGAGAGGGAAGUGACGAGAUCUUCGGUGGCUACCUGUAUUUCCACGCUGCCCCUGAUAAGGAGGCUUUCCACGAGGAGACAGUUCGCCGUGUUAAGAACCUGCACUUGGCUGAUUGCCUGCGAGCUAACAAGUCCACUUCUGCUUGGGGCCUUGAAGCUCGUGUUCCCUUCCUCGAUAAGGAGUUCCUUGAAACAUCGAUGAACAUCGAUCCUCAAGAGAAGAUGAUCACCAAGGACAGACUUGAGAAGUACAUCAUUCGCAAGGCUUUCGACACCUCGGACGAGCCUGACGAACAGCCCUAUCUCCCUGAUAACAUCCUCUGGCGACAGAAGGAACAGUUCUCUGAUGGUGUCGGCUACGGUUGGAUCGAUGCUCUCAAGGACAAUGCCGAGAAGCAGGUGACAGACGAGAUGAUGAAGAACCCCAAGCCUGAGUGGGGUAACGAUGUCCCCGAUACCAAGGAGGCUUACUGGUAUCGAUGCAUGUUUGAUGAGCACUUCCCCCCUCACUGCGCGUCGACCGUCAUGCGCUGGACUCCCACUUGGUCCAAGCAGACUGACCCCAGUGGCCGUUGCAGAGCCAUUUCCACUCACAACGCCAAAUAUGAUAACGCGGCUUAA